AUGGAACUUACGCGACGAAGCUCCCUCGCGCUCCGGCCACUCACUACAGCUGAAAUCCAGCUUGCAUUACAAACGCCCCUCGGUAUACCUGCACCUGGACGUGUAUUACAUGAAGCCUACGACACGUUUGGCCGGUUUGCCGCCCGACACGCCAACAGAGCGGACCACCGCCUCGGUUUGGGGCCACUCGCUGCACUGCAACGGGUCAAAGACUUUUUCAGCGACGGACGCGAGGCGAAACUCGAGCAAUUGCGGACAAGUAUUCCGCGCCAAGUGGAGAAAGACUGUUUGAAGCUCUUACGAUAUGCCUUACCCUCGGAGUCCUCACAAACGCAAAUCCACGCGUUCCAAGCCAUAAUCACUUUAUCGACCUUAUACCCCGGUCUCCGUCUCAGUUUCGUCUCCAUCCUUUCUCCAGAGACACAAAACAAGAUCUCUGAGGACUUUAUACGCAAGCUCUGGAAGCGUGACGACGUUUUUGGCCAAGCGCAAGACUUUGUCUUUUACCUCCAAUUCACCACCUCUUGUCUGACCGAGCCCGACAUCUCAAACAUUAUCGAAAGGGCGCCGGCUAACGAGCUUUGGACUGUCGAAUCGCGGGAUCGAGAUGGGGGAAUGAGUGGACUCAGUGUUAUUGAGCAACUGCUGGUUGCUUCAGACGAUGGAAACUCCUUUGGUGCAUUCAUUGCGCUGCGCUACCUUACCGGCAUCAUUGAAUGCCCUGCUUUUUGGGCUCCGCUUCGGUCACAGGCAGACAAUAUGCUGUUCGAUACCCUCGUUGUCAAGAUAUGCUCCCGGGCCCUGGGAGCUCUGCAGGACAUUGGACUGGGCGUCGCUACCGCAAGAGGAGAUGACAACGAGACUGAAGCGCACUCUCUCCUUAGUGAGGAUGGCCCAGACUGGACAACGUCUGACGUCGAAGGUGUCGACGCGUUUUGUUACGCUAUCCUCGAUGGGCUACAGGACAUAUCUGACUCUGCAACGCCUCAAGCAUUCGUUCGACUGCUUGGCAUCCUGCAUCAUCCCUGCGCCAAACGCAAGCUGCCGCUUUCUUGGCCCCUCUGUCACAAGAUUACUCGAGAGCGUCAACACCCUUGUACUUCCUGUCUUGGAUUGGACGACCAUGCAUCUCGCAUUCCUCUUGUCUCCCGUUUUCGUGCCAUUGUUUCACGAUUACGCCAACCACACCAAGUCCAGCGCCCUACUCAAGUCCCGCCUUUGCCGAUUCCAGGAUUAGACACGCCUAUAAUUGGGCCUGUUGCUGCUUCUGUCGAAACACACUCCCCACAUUCGACGAUCUCUCGGUCCCAUAUGGAAACCGAAGGCGUUUCACCGCCAACGCUGGCGUUUUCUGAUGACGACGUAAAUGGGGAAGCGGUGGUGGAAGAUGACGACAUAGAGGAGGAGGCGCAGAUGCAUUGGAGUCUUUCAAAUCUUUCUGAAGACGAUGAUUUGUCGAGCGAAGGCGACUUUGAUAUGGUUAUUGGCUCACCCGAAGCCUAUCUGGCCCCCGAAAUUCAUUUGGUGACAAGCAGGCGAAACUUUAGAGCUGGCAUUACGGGUCAAGAGAAUAUCUUCACUCGCGAUGCAUUGAUUUCCCGACCUCUUGGGCCCACGACCACGUCCAUUUUCCCCGAACCGACGGAGCCUGUUUCUAUCUCCAAUGACUCUCCGGUUAUCCAGGAACCGACGACGAAUCGGAGUCUGAUUGUCAAGCUGCCUAGCAGCGCUUACAAAGAUGCUACAAACAAGGCCGCGGCUCGCCCAAGCGGUCUCAGCCAACUUCUUCGUCAGAAUACCUUACCAGCAUCAACAUUAACCGGCAGGCUUGAAUUGCAGUUCGAGAUUCACUACCAAGCCGAAGACGACGCGUCCUCAUCCUCUUGGGAAACGGAGCGCAAUGUCUAUCCCCCGUUUUAUGGACUCCCCGGGCCGCCUAUGGGCUUGGAGCCUGCUUCGCCUUUGUCGCCCAGGGCAAUACGCCGGCGCAUGGUUGUUGAUGAGGUGUCAGAAAGUUUGCGGGAGGGGUUGUUGUGGCAGCGAAAGAUGGACCGGAUUGCAAAUGGGCAGAGGCGAACUAACUUAUGGGCAGGUCCUAUUCCAAACGUGCUUGUCUCUGUUCUUUCACCACCACCAGCCAACCAUUGGAUACACCACACCUGCUUCCACGCUGCAAGAAUGUCUGAGCCAGAAUCAAAGCCUCGUGUUCCUUCUGAAGGAAACUCCGCAGGAGAAAAGGCGGACCAACUUGAAGGGGAGGAAGACUUGAAGGACUACAAGCCGGGAGGAUAUCAUCCGGUCAAAAUUGGGGACCUGUUUCUGGAUGGACGAUAUGUGAUUGUGCGCACUGAAUUAGGGUGGGGGCGGUCCUCGACGGUUUGGCUUGCAUGGGACUCCGAUUUGAUGCACCAUGUUGCCCUCAAGAUCGUUCGUGCCGAGUAUACAGCUGAUGCAAAGAUAGAGCUGCGCAUUCUUCGACACCUUUCAAUGACUGCUGCCAGUGGCAAGGCCGCUGAGACUGAUACAUUGCAUCCUGGCCGUGCCCAUGUUGUCUCCUUGCUCAACCAUUUUAUGCAUACUGGGCCCAACGGAACUCAUGUCUGUCUUGUGCUUGAAGCUCUAGGAGAAAACCUUCUUGGCUUUAUCCAGAAACACCCGAGCAAUGGUGUUCCUACCUUUCUGGUCAAGCAAAUUGCUAAACAGCUGUUACAAGGUCUGCAUUACAUGCACUUGAACUGCAAAGUGAUACACACAGACUUAAAACCAGAAAAUAUUCUGGUAUCUCUGGACAUAGAAACAGUUCUUCAUUCUCAGGCUAAAUCAUCAUCAACUGCUACUCCACAACCAGCUGUCAUUAUUCAAUCUCAGCCAAUUCUAUUUGAACAGAUAGUCCCAGAAAAUAUAAAUGUGAAGAUUGUUGGCUUUGGAACUGCCGUCUUUCAGGAACAUGAUAUGAUCAAUAACAUCCAAACAAGACCAUAUCGUGCACCGGAGGUGAUUGUCAAAGGAAAAUGGGAUGAGAAUGUGGAUACCUGGAGUUUAGCAUGUAUAAAACUUCUCAUCUUUUAUUGCAAGUAG